UAUUUUCAUGUAGAGCCUGUUCCCCACCCAACACAUUGUUAUGGUGUGUAUAUCUAUGUAUGGAAACCUUAGAUCAAGCUCCUGAUGCACCCUGGCUGCAUAUUGAUUAAAAAUAAUAAUAAUAAUGAUAAAUCCUUCUUUGGGGCUUUCUUCUUCUAUUGUGCGUCUUGAACACUAACAGGAAAACGCACUGCUGCAGACAAAUGUCACAGGCUUUGUCUCUGCACAGUGUCUCUGCACUGCAUGCCAUUGACGUUUUAAAUGGAACUGGCCCUUUAACCGUGUGGACCUACUGCUCAUGCUCAGGGCUUUGUGCAGGAGUUUCCCCGUCAGAGACCCAGCUGUGAGGACCUGAGAGCGAAAGCAGACGGAGCACACACACACAGAGAGAGAGAGAGAAGAGCUGCGACUGUCGCAUCUUCUGAUAACAAACCCGGGCAGAGAGCACGUCUUUGUCUGGAGCACAGCGCAUCCAGCGAGGAGGGCCGGUCAUCCGAGCUCCGUGCUUUUUUUUUUUUUAAUUUCAUCUCCGGGAUUACAGUCUUUGACGUUGAGGCAGGAUCAUCUGGUCACGGUCGUGUGUUUACAUCGGAACCUUGACCACUGUGGAAGUUAUCCGGUGGACUUGUGCGGACGCACCGCACAAACGCGUUAACGUGGCUUUUCCUUGUUUUGUUUUUUUGUGUCGUCCUGAGCGGAUCGUUUCCAGUGGAAAUGUGUGCGUAGUGUUACUAAGGAGCAAACUGUUGUCAUCAAAGUUUCAUGUCUUUGUCCUGUCCCGCAGCUUUCCUCCCGCACGCCGCUCGGCAUGUUCUGACGGUGCGUAAUUACUGUUUUCCUGCGCCCUCUCCACAGGCGUCACAGGUAGGCUACCUGAGCCUACUGACACCGCUGCUGAUGAGAACAGAUCUCACGGCGUAAAGGUGACGCUUUGGCUCCUGUGACAAAAAAACAAACCAAAAAAAAAACACAACAGACUCCGCGUCAAUCAUCAUGGGUGAUGUUGGGGGGAUCCACCUUUGCGCCUGGACGAAGUCAUCCAAAAGGAGCGCCCGGGACGUGUUGAAAACAUACCUGGGAAUAUUUGUGAUGCUUCAUCUCGUGCUUCACACGGAAGCCUCCUCUGUGUCCAAAUCCUGCGAUAAAAACUGUUUUUCAGGGAAGUGCAUCAACGGGACCUGCGUGUGUGACCACGGAUGGGUGGGAGAUCAGUGCCAGCACUGUCAGGGAAGAUUCAAGUUAACAGACCUGUCGGGCUCUCUCACAGAUGGACCAGUAAACUACAAGUACAAGACCAAAUGCACAUGGCUAAUAGAAGGAUAUCCUAAUGCAGUACUCAGGCUGCGCUUCAAUCACUUUGCCACCGAGUGCAGCUGGGACCACAUGUAUGUCUAUGAUGGAGACUCCAUUUAUGCGCCUUUGAUUGCUGUCUUCAGUGGUCUAGUUGUACCGGAGUUCAGAGGUAACGAGACAGUCCCCGAGGUAGUGACGACGUCCGGCUACGCUCUGCUUCACUUCUUCAGCGACGCUGCCUACAACCUGACCGGCUUCAACAUCGCCUACUCGAUAAACUCGUGUCCCAACAACUGCUCGGGCCGCGGCAGAUGCACCACAGCGAACUCCGUCUCGGGUCGCGUGUACUGUGAAUGUGAGGAGUACUGGAAAGGAGAAGCCUGCAACAUCCCGUACUGCAGGGAUAACUGUGGCAGCCCGGAUCACGGCUACUGUGACCUGACUGGAGAGAAGCUCUGCGUCUGCAACGACAGCUGGCAAGGUCCAGACUGCUCUCUGUCCGUCCCGUCCACUGAGGCCUUCUGGGUGCUGCCGAGCAUCAAACCGUCAGCUCAGUCUCUGGGUCGGGCGUCCCAUCAGGCUCUGGUGCACUCUGGGCUGAUGUGGGUGGUGGGAGGCUACUCUUUCAACUACUCCAACUACCACAUGGUCCUCAAUUACAACCUGGAGAGCAGCACAUGGGAUGUGGUGCCCGUCGGCAACGGCCCCCUCUACAGAUAUGGCCACUCAUUGGCUCUCUACCAGGAUGACAUCUACAUGUUUGGUGGAAAGCUUGAAGCGAAAUCAGCCAACGUGACGGACGAGAUGUGGGUGUUCAACAUUCCCAGACGCACCUGGUCGCCGCAGAAACCGGCCCCGCCUCCUCCCUACGCCUUAGAGGGGCACACCGCCCACGUGGUGGAGCUGGCCGACGGCGAGCCGGUGAUGCUGAUCUUCUUCGGCUACUCGCCGAUCUACAGCUACAUAAACAAAGUUCAGGAGUACAACAUCAGGUCUAACUCGUGGCAGGUUGUGUCUGCCGGAGGCGCGGUGGUCCAGGGAGGUUACGGCCACAGUAGUGUGUACGAUGAGGCCAGCGGCUGUGUGUUCGUCCACGGGGGAUACAAGGCGCUUAGCAACAACAAAUACGGCCUGGUGGACCACCUGUACCGAUACCACGUCCACACAAAAACAUGGAUGAUCCUCGGGGAGAGUGGUUUGGCACGGUAUCUCCACUCUGCGGUGCUGCUGAGUGGCACGGUGCUGGUUUUCGGAGGAAACACUCACAAUGACACGUCGCUAAGCAACGGAGCCAAGUGCUUUUCUGCUGACUUCAUGGCGUACGAUAUAGCUUGUGAUGAGUGGACUGUGCUCCCCCGACCAAGUCUGCACCGGGACGCCAACCGCUUCGGACAUUCUGCCGUGGUUAGCAACGGUUCCAUGUACAUCUUUGGAGGUUUUUCGGGCCUCCUUCUGAACGAUGUGCUGGCCUACACCCCUCCGUCCUGCCUGGCCUUUUCUAACCCAGAUUUGUGUGCUGCUGCUGGGCCGGGCAUUCGCUGCCAUUGGGUCAAAAGUCGAUGUGUUCCCUGGGAGCCGAAACCACCCGAGCACACUUUUCCUGCUCCUUUUUGCCCUGCGCGACCUGACAGUACAGACGAACAGUGUUUCCGGUUCUCGGACUGUGCGAGCUGCACCUCCAACACACGGGGCUGUCAGUGGUGUGAGGACAGGAAGUGUAUCUCUGCAUCCAGUAACUGCACCGUGCUGACUCUGGAGCUGGCCCAGCAGCAUGGCGGCGCUCUGUCUCUGUCUCCCCCACCAUCCAUGUUGUCUGAACAUCAGCUGAGCUUGUGGAAGCACGGAGGCAAACGGAGAGGACAUACUGUGCAAGACCCGUCCAGGUGUAAGCGCAGGGAGGAGCAGGAGUGUUUCAGACUGGCCAACUGCAGGAGCUGCUCCCUCAAUGUCAACUGUCAGUGGGAGCUGCAGCAGCAGGAGUGUCAAGCAUUACCUGGCCAGCUGUGCGGUGAGGGCUGGCACCAUGUUGGAGAGGCCUGCCUGAGGAUCAACUCCAGCAGAGAGAGCUAUGAUAACGCCCAGCACUACUGCAAAAACCUGGGAGGGAAUAUCGCCUCUCUGCUCACAGACAAACAGGUCAACUUUGUUCUGGAAGAGCUGCAGAAAUACCAGCUGCAAGACAAGACGUUAUCGCCCUGGGUCGGCUUGAGGAAGAUCAACGUGUCGUACUGGGGCUGGGAGGACAUGUCACCUUUCACUAACACCAGCCUGCGAUGGUUACCUGGAGAGCCCAGCGACUCGGGCUUCUGUGCCUACCUGGAGCGGGCGCAGGUGUCUGGUCUUAAAGCCAACCCCUGCACUGCCACCACUGACGGGCUCAUCUGUGAGAAACCUGCAGGGAGUCCACAGAGUCAGAGUGCUCGUCCCUGUAAGACGCCCUGCUCUUUGCACACCAGCUGCGCCAACUGCACCAGCCAGGCCAUGGAGUGCAUGUGGUGCAGCAGUACGCAGCGCUGUGUCGACUCCUCCGCGUACGUCAUCUCCUUCCCAUACGGACAGUGUCUGGAGUGGCAGACCCAGGACUGUUCUGCCCAGAACUGUUCAGGUCUGAGGACGUGUGUGGAUUGUUUGGAGCGGGCCGAGUGCGGUUGGUGUGGCGAUCCCAGUAACACCGGCAAGGGCGUUUGCAUGGAGGGCUCCUACCGAGGCCCCCUGAAGCCUGCUAGUCCCAGAGCUGGGCCCCGAGACCAGGACAGACUACGGGACAGGGACAUGGUGCUGGAUCAGAGUCUCUGUUCGUCCGAUAGAGGCUACAACUGGGCCUUCAUCCAGUGUCCCGCGUGUCAGUGUAAUGGUCACAGCAGGUGUGUGAACGGCAGUGUGUGCGAGCACUGUGGGAACCUGACAGCAGGGACGCACUGCCAGAGCUGCAUGCCCGGUUACUACGGCGACCCCAUCAACGGAGGGAAGUGCAACGCGUGCAAGUGUAACAGCCACGCCAACGUGUGCCACGUCAACACGGGGAAGUGCUUCUGUACCACGAAGGGGAUCAAGGGAGACCAGUGUCAGCUAUGUGACUCAGAGAACCGUUACCUUGGUAACCCUCUCAGAGGAACAUGUUAUUACAACCUGUUGAUCGAUUACCAGUUUACCUUCAGCUUGCUUCAGGAAGAUGACCGCCACUACACCGCCAUCAACUUCAUGGCUACACCUGAACAGGCCAACAAGAACCUUGACAUGUCCAUCAAUGCCUCCAACAACUUCAACCUCAACAUCACCUGGUCCUUAAGCUCAACAGCUGGCACCAUCUCAGGUGAAGAGAUGCCAAUCAUAGCGAGGACCAACAUCAAGGAGCACCGUGACAGCUUCUCAUGUGAAAAGUUCAACUUCAGACUUCACCACAACAUCACCUUCUACGUCUACGUGUCCAACUUUAGCUGGCCAAUCAAGAUCCAGAUUGCGUUCUCUCAGCACAACAGCAUCAUGGACCUGGUGCAGUUCUUCGUCACCUUCUUCAGCUGUUUCCUGUCUCUGUUACUGGUUGCCGCAGUGGUUUGGAAAAUCAAACAGACCUGCUGGGCCUCACGACGCAGAGAGCAGCUGAUGAGAGAGCGACAGCAGAUGGCCAGUCGUCCCUUUGCUUCCGUUGCCGUAGCGCUGGAGGUGGGCGGCGACCAAGAGGAGCUGCUACAGGCGGUGCCGAAGCCCAUAGCCAUGGAGCCAUGUUGGGGGAGCAGAGCAGGUGUUCUGACGGUGCUGCUGUAUCUGCCCAGAGUCCCGUCUGGAAUACCUCCACCCGGACAGUCUGGUAUUGCUAUAGCCAGUGCUCUGGUGGAUACAUCACAACAGCGAGUGAUGGAUUUCAAAGAAAGAGGCCUGGGUCUGAAGCACCGCAAACACAACGUGCACCACCAAGGGACCUGUGUAUGAAACGGAUGCCCUCAAUGAGGAAACAACAUAUCAGCUGUGUCCGCGGGGGAAUUUCACUGGAGAUAUUCUCAUUAACUUUAGAGAGAAGGACACAUUGUAUACAAAGGCGAAGCCUGCAAAAUUGGAUUUGAAUGGUCUUUGAUAGUGGCUUGGAAGGAGAGGAAAUGUAUCCACUGUCUCAUCAACAGGCACUAAAUCUGGGAAAAAUGGUACUUGUGGUCUCUUUCUUGCCUGAAUCAGAUGGAAAACGUCUUCACCCACAUGCUCCUUUUUCCCCUUUGUGUGUAUAUGUUGGUCCUGAUGAGCCAGGAAAACAAACAAUUGGAAACCUGAAUGGCAGUUUUAUGAGAAUGUUUUACACCACAGCUUUGGUUAGAAAUUUACAAUGAGAGCUGGCAGACUUUUCCCACUUCCAUGUGGCUGUACAUCUCCAGGGCUCUACUCGUCUGUCUGUCUGUCAUGCACUCUGCCACAUUGACAGAGAAAAACACUUGUUUUACACCAAUAAACCAAACUAAAUGGCUUUGAGCUCCUGCGAGAGAUAUUGAACUGAAAUUAACUGAGCUGAAAUGAAGUCCUCCUGACUUACAAACUCAAGUCAGCCCCAGGAGCAACGCUGGAAAGAACAACAUGGACCUAACUAGAUCAAUGAAAAACACUGCAGCGGGCGGUGUUCUGUGACAAGGAUGUGCUUGAGGCGAAGGUCUCCUGGGAAUUUUAAAGACUACUGCUGUUGAGAUGUUGAAAAACCACAUCUUGCUAUGAACAUCUGGAUGCAACUAUUGAAAUGUGUUCUUUAUGAAAUACAUGUAUUUCUUGUUUUUUCCCUGCACCACCAACUGAAGUUCUACAUUUUGAUAUCUGCUCAGGUCCUGUAUAACAGAAAAUGGCCCGUUAUCUGUAGCUUUGGGCCUUAUACACGUCUGUAUGCACUAUAAGUGAAAUGCUUUACCAGUACAUUAAGACCCUCUGUGGGAUAAUAUUAUGCAACUGAUCAUCCAAAUGUAAUGUUUAUUCUGGGCUGCGAUGUAACCUCAAGGUCGGUAUCAUCAAACACAUACUACUGAUGGUAUUCAUAUGUCUAUUAAUUCAUUUAUUACUGUGAAGAUACAUUAUACAUCUUUUCACAUGACCUCCAGUAAAUGCCAUACGUGUUUAUUUGUGAUACAAACUUUUAUCUUCUUAUGUAAUAUUUAUUAAUUAUGCAAAUUACCGUCAAACAAUUUCGCAAGUUUUGCAAAUGCACUAGGGAUUUUUUUUUUAAAUAUAAAAAACUAAAUAAUUGGUUUUACACAGGAAGUCUGUGCAGUAUUCUUUUUUUGUGCUUGUACCCUCAGAGUGUUUUCAUUUCCAAAUAUGUUUUAUGUGUUAUUAAAAAGUUUUUUGCCCGUUUUAGCAAUUUCUACCAAUUGUGUUAAACCUUCAUUAAAUAUUGUGAAGUCUUUUUUUUUUUACCUACUGCACAUAGACAGCAGAGGUAUGCACAUGUAUUGUCAACAUAUUGAGCCUGAUUUGUUUUCAGCCAGGCAUUUUGUUUUCAUGUAAUUUUGCACCAGUUUGUUGUUGAGACUUCUAUUAACAAAUGGCAGCUCACCACCAUCAUUUCUGUCCAUAUGAGCAUAAAUCUGUACAUUUACAAUUAAAACAUUUUGAUGCC